AGGGGCUGGAGAUCCACGGUGCCGGCGAGACUACGGUUGUCCCGGAAACCGCCCGCUGCCCAAGCAGUUGUGUGAGCAAAUGUCGGCUGGUUACACUCUCGUACGGAGAUAGUAGCGUUGCUGUUUCCGUUUGUCUGCCUGCCUGCCUGCCUGCCUGCACGGAGACAGACGUAUCUCACCUAAAAACACAUCUCCCCUGACAGCGCCCUGCAGAGCCGGCUGCCUGCUGCCAGGAAGUCGGCCCCGCCGCUCGGUCGGUCUGCUUUGGUAACAGCAGGGGAGCGAGACCCUGCUGAGCACUGCCUUGUAAUCGCCGGCUUCAAGGGCUUUCCUUUAGGUCUCUAUGUACAGUAUAACAGGUUAAAUGGGGGGGGAUCCGCGUGGAGAUAUCAGACUCAUCCGUUAAUAUCUCAGGCUCCUGUAAUUGUUUCUGAGUCCACUUCAAAGUGUUUUACCAAUGGUUAAAAAUUAAACACAAACCUAACAACUGGCUAUUGGGAAAAUCCCGGCCAGGGGAAUUUCUCUACAAAGAGAUAAAACUUCAUCAUGAGAGUGGUUGCGGUUUUCUUGGUUUGCUUCUCUUUCUUUUCUUUCUGUCGAGCAAAGAAUGCAGCAUCUAAUAAUACAGAAGAACAGUUUUCAUACGUUGAGCCUGCUCAGCCACUUGAGCAAGACAGUCAGCCAGCUGAGCGAGCUACUUACCUCCUAGAAGACUGUUUAAGCAACAAAUACACACACAAGUCUUGUAAGAAAGUUUUUUGUGACCCAUGGGAACGAUGUGUGGAGGGAAAAUGUCUCUGUAAGCUUCCCUACCAGUGUCCAAAGAAUGGCACUUCAGUUUGUUCUACCACUGGAAAGCAGUUUCAUACUUACUGCCACCUAAAGAGCUAUGAGUGUCAACGUCCCGAAGCAAAGUUUCUGAACGAGGGAAAAUGCAUGCCCACAGAAACAUUUAAAAUCUCCUUGGUCUAUAAGGAUUCACAUUUGCUUCAAGUAAAACCUGUCAAUAACGAGGACCUUUUUGUAUGUGAGAGUAUGUGGACUAUGAAUGAAGCAAACGUGGCCUGCAGACACCUUGGCUUUGAAUUAGGUGCUGAAUAUUACCACACUGACUACAACAUCACAGAACCAUCACACUGCUUCCAAAUAACUUGCAGAGGCCUAGAGACAAGUCUUGCUGAAUGUUACAUAGAGAAGAAACUGAGAGCUAUUAAUGAGGGAUUUGUUAGCCUCCAGUGCCAGAAAACUCUCCGAGAAUGUUCAGCUCAUGAGUUCCAUUGUGCAAAUGACAAGUGCAUUUCUGUGACUAAAACCUGUGAUGGUAUAAAUGACUGUGGAGACCUAAGUGAUGAACUGUGCUGUAAAGAAUGCAGAAACAACAGUUUCCACUGUCGAUCAAAUAUCUGUAUUCCAAAAAAGAAUGUGUGUAACAAAGAAAUUGACUGCCUAACAGGAGAGGAUGAAGCUCAAGCUCUCUGUUCAGGCAAGCCAAAACAUGACGAAAAUCACAGUAUGGAUGCAGAAAGAAAACUGGCAAAGACGUUCCUUCCCCAAAUAAACUGUGGUGUUGUAAACUUCACAUUAACUCGACGGAAGAGAAUCAUAGGUGGACAAAUUGCAAGGAAGGGUGAAUUCCCUUGGCAAGUGGCAAUUAAAGACACUGGCACUGAAGGUGCAACAGUGUACUGUGGAGGGGUUUAUAUUGGUGGCUGUUGGGUUCUGACUGCUGCACACUGUGUCAGAGCAAAUCGAGUUCAUCUAUACCGUGUCUGGAUUGGGCUGUUGGAUACAAUACAGUAUGACAGGGAGACAGACACUUACAGACUAAAGCAACUGAUAAUCCAUGAGAACUAUAAUGCUGCAACAUAUGAAAAUGACAUUGCUCUGCUGGAGCUGAAAGGUCACGGAAAAGGAGAGUGCUCCCUGAAAUACAGCACACCUGCCUGCAUCCCCUGGUCAGAGCAUAUGUUCAAGGCUGGUGAUAAAUGCAAGGUUUCUGGAUGGGGACUAGAGAAAGGUUAUACCAAACAAUACGUGCUCAAAUGGGGAAAUGUUAAUUUAUUUCAGAAUUGUUCUGAAAUGUAUCCAGGCCGAUUUUUACAAAAAAUGGCAUGUGCAGGUACUUAUGAUGGAUCCAUUGACAGUUGCAAAGGUGAUUCAGGAGGUCCCCUGGUCUGCUUUGAUGCAGAAAACGUGGCGUAUGUCUGGGGUGUUGUGAGUUGGGGUGAAAACUGUGGGGAGGCCGGUCACCCUGGCGUCUAUACACAAGUUGCCAGCUAUUAUGACUGGAUUAGCCACCAUGUGACACGGAGUCUCAUUUCAAGGUAUAAUAUCUGAAGCUCAGGAAACUAAACACUUGUUAUCAUCCAUGCAGAAAUUAACACUAGUCCAUUUUUACAAUAGCAGCCAUAUACCUUAGCAACUAUUAGUACAAAUCUUGAAAUAACGUAGUUUGAAAAUGUUCGGCUCUCCACAAAUACAACAGCUUUACAGAAGUCUGCACAAAAGAGUUUUACAGUCAUAUAAGUCCACGGCAAAAUUAUCUAAUAAAACCAUGUUCACCGCAAGGACAACUUUUUGUUGCUGUUAUUUCUUUUCUCUCUCCCUAUAUUUCACACUGCUUUCAGUAGGUUAUUUCAGUUGUUUAUUUUAAAUGGACAACCAUACUGAAAGCAGCGGUCAGAAAACCAACUACACUACCAAUAUGUGAAUGUCACAGAAAGGACAGCACCCAGAGAAUGUAAAAGCAAUUCCAUCAUAUCAGCGUGUAGGUCUUCAGAAACCCUCAGGAUGCUGCUUUGCUGGGCGGAUGAUCCUUUAAGCUUACCCAGAAACAGAACUUCAGACUGUGUGAUGGACUGAACAUGAUUGUGAGAUUUGUUGAUGUUUUGAUGAGUAACACAAAGAAAAAACACAUCCUUACAGGCCUCUGAUCCUGUGCUAUGCAGUCACAGGAAGUUAGGCUAUGCAGUUAUUCAGAAAGUUACCCACAAAGAGAAUGAUGUGGUAGGUAGGGUAAGCUCUGAGUCCACUAGGAAAGUUCUGGCUCUUUUUUAAAAGCCAGUAGUUUUGUAUUGGUACAAAUGACUUCAGGACCAUUUCAGUCCUGUCGAACUGUGCAACAGUUUUGUAACACCCUUUGCUGGAUUCCAAUUUACAAGUGUUUGAAAAAAAAGACCUAUUUUGCUUCAUUCCUCUCCAUCAGCUAUCCCACCAAAUCAAUAGCAUAUGUUCACAUAGACACUGGGGAGAAGGGGUGGGUUCUGUGCAAGUUUUGUGAGUUUGGGGGAUGGUCUGGAGCUUGGUUUUCAAUGAUUCACCAUUACGUACUUCAGGCAACAUUUUGACAUUUUCACUGACUUCAUUCU